AUGUUAAAUAUUAUCGUUAAUACUGAGUAUUUAAAAAGUUGGAACGGUAUUUUUAAAUUGCAACAAUUGGUGCUUGGUGCUAUUUGUAUAGGAAUCAUCAGUGAUAACAUUAAUCCUACCAUUUUUUCUUUAUGUCAAAAGGAAUAUUUCUUUCUUAUUGCAACAUCUAAUUUUUUUAUUGGUACAUUUAUUUUUUUUCUUAGUUACCUGGUAUCUCCAUUUACUGCAUCUAUUUUACCUAAAACAAUACACGAAUCCCUUUAUAAUUUUUUCGCAACCGUAAUGUUAUUUGCGGCUUCAAUAAGUCUGAUAACAGAAAUACAUACGGGUGAUACAGUGUAUAAUUAUAAGGCGUUAUUAGCAGCUUCUAUUUGUGGUCUACUAAACACCAUUUUAUAUAUUUUCAACGCGAUCAUCGCCUAUAUCAUAAUAUGGACGGAGUAAUUAGUCCUCCUGAUGUCAAAAUUGUAACAUGGUUUAUACUGAUGUCUGGUGUAUGAGACCCGCUUAAUUUAUAUUGACUA